AUGUCUAAUUUAGAUGAUGAUGAAGCCCUCUUUGAGGAUUUGUACGAUGACGAUAACACAAGUCCCAAAAAGGACACCCAAGAGGAAACCACGUCGAAGGAGAAUGCUGUUGAGAAGCUGGCUGCCGAGACAGGACUGGAUGCUGCGGUAGUAGAUGUGAAAUCUUCUGAAGCCCCGACAACUUCAACAACGGAGCAGACUGAUGCUCAAUCAAACUUGGCUCCACCACCCCCACCACCAUCUGUAAGUGGUGACGCAACUCAGGUGUCAGCGGAUAUUCAGUCUGGUGAGCAGAAUCAGCAAGCUAACUCAGACGCUGCCACAAAUCCAGGACAACCGACCAUGCCAGCAUUCCCAUUUGACCCCACACAAUUUGCUCAAUUCGCCAGUAUGGCGCAAAUGCAGGGCCAAAUGCCCGGUCAGGUUCCGGGACAAUUGCCGUCGGGUAUUCCUCCACCACCAAUUAGUGUGCCACCUAAACAAGCGGUUUCUGAAAUUGGAAAGGAUAGUGGUAAAAUGUUCAUUGGUGGGCUAAACUGGGAUACCACCGAGGAAGGCUUGGUGAACUACUUUUCCAAGUUUGGAGAAAUCACUGACUACACAAUUAUGAAGGAUAACGCUACAGGAAGAUCAAGAGGGUUUGGCUUUUUAACAUUCAAAGACCCAAGUGCUGUAGAUGUAGUUAUCAAACAAGACCACAUACUUGAUGGUAAACUAAUUGACCCCAAACGUGCUAUUUCGAGAGAAGAUCAAGAUAGGGUAGGUAAGAUCUUUAUUGGUGGUAUUGACCCAAUGGUGUCGGAAAAUGAAUUCAAUGAUUUCUUCUCCAAGUUUGGUACUAUUAUUGAUUGUCAAUUGAUGAUUGAUAAAGACACGGGACGGUCGAGAGGUUUUGGGUUUAUUACGUUCGAUUCACCAGACGCAGUGGAUAGAGUAUGUGUUAAUAAAUUUUUGACUUUAAAAGGCAAAGCAAUGGAGGUAAAACGUGCUGCUCCGAGAGGUCAACACAAUCAACAAGUGAUGUUACAGCAACAACAAGCUCAACAGCAGGCCCAGCAGCAAGGCCAAUUCUACAACCCGUAUGGAGCCGGUCAAUAUGGGCAAAUGUAUCCUCAAAUGAACCCCGCCAUGAAUCCAGCCAUGAACCAAUGGUAUCAAUGGUACAUGUUUCAACAAGCCCAGGCACAACAACAGCAACAAGAUGGCUCGUCAGACUCCCAACCUGCUCAGCCUCUUAAUCCACAACAACAAGCUGAUGAUCCAGAUUUGGAAGAGUCAGGCGUUGGUACUUCUAGAAAUUCCGCCUCAGGCUCUCCUCCAGCUGGAGAUGAAGGUGCCAAUACCAGACCAAAUAUUCCACGCGGUCCAAAAAGACCAAACGGUCCUUCCAACUUUAGAGGAAGAGGUGGUUACAGAAGAGGUAGAGGUGGGUUCCAUCCUUAUCAAAGAGGAGGAAGGAGAUAUUAA